UUUCAGCACCAAAGUGAAAAUUACACAGCAGCCGCAGCAACCGAGGAGAACAGCGACUGUGACGCUGGCUGGUGUCAAAAGAGAAGACCCGGCUAACCUCCUGGGUGUCUCGGCUUGGAAUAGUGGCACAUUUACCCACAAUCACCGCAGCACAAACACAUCCCCGAAGACAUUCAACAAGCAAACUGGGUCCGGAGUUUUCCGACUGCCUUUGCCCACGCACCGACAUGGAGCCGACUCCCAACAUGCUGAAACAGCUGCUGCUGAAGAACCACCAGGACGCUGUACUGCACUCGCACCUGCACUUCAAGUCUCCGGCCUUGUCCCUCUCGGCCGGACCAAUGGCGGACAGCAGGGAACGCAUUCGUGGCCCCUCGCGGGAUGGACGCGAGUUUCUGACUAGCCCCAGGCAGGUUUUGCGCCGCCUGAUGCUUCUGUCCGAGGGAAGACAGUACCGCGAGGCCGCAGGCGUCGUUGGAAGGUUGGGCCCCUCUGUUCUACGCUCGGUAAUUGCCGAGCUGCCUCUCGAUCUGCUGCUGGAGCACCUGCCACACAGUGCCUACUUACUGGAGUCCUUUUUCACAAGGUUGACCACCCUAAAUACAACUCCCAAGCCGGUUGUACCUAGCGAGACGGUGGCCUGGCAGCUGGUCAGGCUGUUUGCAAAUCCCCACGAAUCCGGACUGCGGCAGAGAUGCACCAAGCUGCUCCAGGCUCUUGCCCAAUACGAGCCCAAUCUUCGCCAAAGCUUGCGUGAGCGGCGGCGCAGCUUCGACAAUGCAGUGCAGGGUUUGGGGGUGCACGGGCUGACCACGGAUGCCUCGGGGCAGCUCAUUUCGCUGCACGUGGCUCUGAAGACAGAGCUGCAGCGGCACGUGGAUACCUAUAAAAUGGCCAUACACAAGCUGGAGGAACUGAGCAUGGUGACGGUCAACCAGGACCCAGCCCACUCGUCCCACCAGCGCCUCCUGGCCAUCAACUAUGGAGACAUCCAGCAGCGGCUGAUCGACAACAAAACGCUGCUGACCAUUUUGGACAAACCCACAUUAAAGCAGCUUCACACCCUCGUAGAGAAUCUUAGCACCCGCGUGGAAAACGACAAGGAGGUUCUCUCCUGCGUAGGCCAGGUGAAGCGACUGGACGCACAGGCCCACGUGGAGAAGCGCCCGGCCGCUGGCCUUCUGAUGAACUUCUCCCGCGGCUGCGAGGUCGUCCUGCAAAUGAUGGGGCCGGAAAGCGUUCCGCCCAGUCCCCUGGCCGUUGCCAAGGCCACCGUGACUACCGGUGGGAGCAGCUGCAGCGAUGGCUACCACUCGGACGACUCCGCCAGCGAUGACGGCAGCGAAAUGGUGUCGCUCUAUCGAAAUCUGUACAUAGAGAACCGAGCAGAUGCCCUAGAGGCGUUGGACAGUCUGCCCCAGCUGAAACACGCGCACAGUCUAAAGGGAAAGAUACUCUUCUCCAUGAUCGUGCUUUCUUUCCGCCUUUGCCACGGGAUGCGGGAACGGAAAGUGAUGGAGGUGCGCCGGGUCGUCAACUGCGGACUGGACAGCAGCAGCGAAACGACCUUGGCCCUGGACCGGGCUGUGCGACACCACCUGCACGAGACCACGAACAGCUUUCCCCUAGGCGAGAUUGAGCGAUCCGUCUUCAACCAGGUUCUAUCCACGCUCCACGAGUACCCCUGCCUGGAGUCGUGUCCCCCGCUCACCCACUAUGUGAGCACCUGUGUGCGGCUGGCUUGGCGCAUGAUCAACCAGAAGGCGCCCUAUUAUCUGGACAUGGACUUCAAUCUGGGUUUCCUGCGCCCCGAGAAGCACGAGCGUCAUCCGCAAUCCGACCGCCGCUCGGACCUUAUCAAGGCCUUUCUCUGGCCGGCCCUAAUGCAAAACAAUCAGUGCGCCUUCAAGGCAGUCGUGGCCACCUGAGGCCCGGGACGGAACAGACCGUACCAAACUAAUCUUAAGAUACUCUUACACAAUUUGUACAUACGUCAACUCUUACCCAAUAAAGAUUAACCCUAUCUAAGCAUAGCUGAUGGGCGUC